AUGAGAUUUAUCACUUUGGAUUUCGACUUCAUCGUCCUUCGUUCCUGCAACGGCCUUCUCCUCUGCCGCCUCGCCUUUUGCUCCGACUCGUACUUCAUCUACAACCCUAUUACCCGAGAUUUCACCAAUCUCAAUUUGGGUACCCACCCAUUAAGCCGCCAAAGCUAUAUAAUCGACCAUUAUCUCGCUUUUGAUCCCUCGGUAUCAUCGCCCUUCUAUAAAGUCGUUUCUCUUGCAGUGAGCCGGGAUUCACCGCUUGACUGGGUCUUCCAUGUAUAUACAAUAUUCCAACCUCAUUCCCCCCGUAUUGGCCCUCCGGUUUCUGUCUCUAUCCCAUUUCCACUGGCAUGGGAAUCUGAUUCUGAUCGUGGGGUUUACUGCAAUGGUGCCAUUCAUUGGUGCAACCGAGGUGACUUUUCAGUCUAUUUUGAUGUUGAUGCUCAGUGUCUCAAAUAUUAUUCAAUGCCCUUGUCCAAUUCGGACGAAUGGUUAAAAACACGUAUUUAUUAUUUUGGAGAGUCCGGGGGACAUUUGCAUUUGAUACUUCCCGAGCCCGAGCCCCUUAAGGAAAAUCAAAAACCUAGUUUUUAUGAUAUUUUUGAGCUCAAGGAAGAUUACUCUGGUUGGUUAUUGACGCACCGUAUUGAUAUGAAAUCCAUCCGACUUCAAUUCACACACAUGAGGUCUUGUUUCAACUAUUACAUUUUUCACAAGAACAAAUCAUCCAUCUCCGUCUUGAUUGUAGCUAGAGAAGGAGCCAUUAUCAAUGAUCCUGUGGAUAAUACUUCAACUAAGUUAUGUGAUUUUGAGAUCGGUACAUCCAUAUGGAUUAGGCUUGCUCAGGGUCGUGUUGUUCCGCAUUUUGAUAUCCUAUGCUAA